CUGCAGUGUCUAGGUCCCGACCUUCCAAUCAUUCCCUUUAUGGGAGAUGGUGACGGGGAAGCAGCAACCGGUCCGCGGUCGUCGUACGAGCACUGUUGCGUGUCGUAUUAUAUUUGUUUCCUUGUAAAACGUAAUCCAUCAUACCGUAUACGUUAAACCUAAUCUCACUUCAGACUACUCACGAAAAAUAUAAACGCUCUUUUGUUUUACUACACCUUUAUUGUGUUAUUCAUUUAUCUCCCUCUUCCCCGCGUGUGUGCUAGUCUCAUCACCAGCGGCACCACCGGUACUAUAUUACACGAGCGGGCACCAUUUACCGAGAUUCGGCGCCGCUCCGUAACAACUGCUUCGUUAUCGUUUGACAACUAUCUCGAUUUCUUAUCAUCACUUGGUAGUUUAUGAUCAUAAAUGAGAAUAAAACAAUUCAAAUUUUAAAAUUCGAUAAAAGUUAAAAUACCAGUAAAUCAUACGCUGCUAGGUGUUUGCCAUUUAUACCCCUUUUAACCACCUUAAAGGUAGAGUUUUUAAAAAUCCUUUCUGCCUACGUCAUAUAGCUGCAUAUUUGCAUUUCAAAUUCCAGUCUGAACUGUCCAGUGGUUUGAGCUGUACGUAUAUAGAUCAAUCAGUUACGUUUCUGUUUUAUAUUUACCUACAGAUUAAUCUAAAAAUAUGAUCCAAAAUUAUAGUUAAAAUCAAUUGAUAUUAAACUGUCACGAAUAACAAUUUCCUCGAAUAAUUUUGGUCGAGGAAAUUGUUAUUCAUGACAUUUUACUAUCAGUGCAGUUUAGUGUCUAGGUAGUUGUUUUCCAGGUUAUAUAAUUUAUGUCGCAAAUAUUAUUAAGAAAACAGUUGCUGAUAGUAGCAAUACAUGGUCUAGGCAAUAAAUAACAAUCAAGGAAUUCGAGGUUAUUGUUAAUUGUGACAUUUUACUAUCAAUACAGUAAGUUGUAGCAUCUCGUUCUAUAUAGGUAUGAUUUCUUUUAUAAAUAAAAUAGUGUAUUAUCACUUAUCAUUUCCAUCCAGCUUAACCAUAGAUCAGUAAAUAUCAGCUGGAAACCCGUUUACAAAUAUUACAACUGUUGUUAUAAGGUAAUAAGUAAAGUUCGAACUUUCGCUUUUAAAUUUAAAUCAGGAAUUUUGAUUAAAGAACUUAUUAUUCAUCCAUUUAAUAAAUAUCAAUGUUAUUAACUAUUAUAAUAUAUUAUCAAUAUAAAAUAUUACAUUUUUGAUUAUUUUGAUGUUCAAUAUUUAAUAUAUACUUAUAUACCUAUUUUUUUUUUUAGCACUAUUCACAAAAUUGACUAUGUUUUUGAGAAUUUCUAAUUUUAAAACCGGAGUAUUAUUAUUCAAAAGUUAGAACAAAUUAGCAUACUAGUUAUAUAUUUGUAUAACUAUUAUAUCUAUUUAAUUUUAUGUCAUUUUGUUGUUUUUAAUAUUUUAUAGAUAUGUCUAAAAUGAAGCUGUCUCAUUAUCAUACAUUAAAAAUUGAAAACCCUAAGGAAUUUGUUUAUAAUGUACAAAUUAAUAGACCAGAAAAAGCGAAUGCAAUGAAUAAUACUAUGUGGUUGUAAGUCAAAUUUGAAGAUAGUAAUAAAUUUUAGAGAUUUAUAUUGCUAUGGAUAUCUAUACUAUAUACCUAUCAUAGAUCAUACAGGAUAAUUUUUUAUACUUUUGAAUUUAGGGAAAUCAGAAAAUGUUUCGAUGAGUUAAAUGAGAAUCCCGACUGUCGAGUUGUAGUUCUUUCAGCCAACGGAAAAUUUUUUACUUCAGGUAAAACUUUUAUGUUAAAUUAAACUACCUAUAUUAACAAGUAUAAAAAUAAACAUUUCACAGGUCAAUUUAACAAUAUGUUUUAGAUUCUGAUCAAUGCAAGAAUAUAUUAAUUUAACAUGAUGUGUUUUUAUUUUUAAUUUUUGUGUCUGUUAACAACUUUUCUAUCAGAAAUCUUGCCAUAAUAAAAUAAUGUAUAGGUAUUUUCUUGUAAAAUAUUUCAUCUAAUUGAAGUGGUUAUUUUUGUUUUUUUUUUUUUUGAUUUUUUGUAAUUUUCUUCAUAAAUGGGAAAAACUAAUAAUGUUUUGUAAAGUUUUGUUUCCUUGGUCACAAGAAAAAAAAAUACAAAUAAUAAUACUGGUUAGUUUUGAUCAAAAUCAUUUUCUGAUAACAAUGGUUCAUCAUUGCUUACAGAUAUAAAUUAAAUUAAACCUACUUUAUAAAUCCUCCCUUCAACCCUCUUAAAACAAUGACCUAGUCAUUUAUAUAUUUCUGUAAGUUCUACAAGUACUGAAGCAGUACAGAUAAAUACUAUACUUACAUUUGAAAGCAUUGUAUACAAAGCGUUUCAGAAAUAAAUGACCAACAUUAUCAUAAGUGAUACUUUAUAUGUAUCUUAAAACAGUGGUCUUCAACUAGUGGGUCGCGUAAGCUUAAAAAUUGGAUCGCAAUAAGUUUUCUUUUUAUAAUAAAAAUUAAGUUUAUACAAUUAUAUAAGGUAUACAAAUAAUUGUUUAAUUAUUAAACUUAGAAAAUUAAUAAAUGAAAAUACCGUUUGAAAUUUAUUGUAAUAUAUUAUGUAUAAACAAUAUUAUAUAAUUUAUAUUCAAAAAUAUAAUAGUAUAAUAGAUUUCAAAUCACAGUAUAUGUUUAAUAUACUGGUAUGAUUCUACAUAGUAUGACAUUAAAUAAAAUAAUCUACGAACAUUGUCGAUGUAACCGCUGUGUUUAAAGACGAAUAAAUGUUAGUCGCGUUAUUAUUCUAGCCACAUUUAAGUAUCCGUUAAAAAGUUUUUUUAUUUUUAUUUAUUCAGUUAUAACAGUACUACUACAAAGUAUUAAGUAAUUUUAGAUUUUUUUUUUUUUUUGUUUUUCUACAAACGUUUUUCUUUAUGUAUGCCUUAUGAAAGUCGCGAAUAAUGUACGCCUAAAGAAGUGGGUCGUGAGUCCAAAAAAGUUGAAGACCAUUGUCUUAUAAGAAUAAAUUGUUUGAACAUUUUUUUGUCAAAAAUUGUGUGUUUAUAUUAUUUUUAAAAUAUUUAAAAAAAAUCAUUACAAAAUUUCUUCGAAAUUUUUUUACAAAAAAGGGGCUCACUCAAUACUUAUAUUGAUAAGUACUUAUAUUUUCUUGAUAUUUUUUUAUCAAAUUAGCUGUAUUUUUCUGAUAAAAUCAUUAAAUUAUAAUUAAAUAAACACAAUAAUUGAUUCUAUGGAAAUUCCUGAAAAAUGUAUACACAAAUUUAGGUGUCUCAUCAAAAUUACAACUUUGGAUAUAACAAGCAAAAAUAAUAGUGAUAAUGAUUAUUUUAAGAAAAGUCAAAUGAGCCCAUUUUUUGAAAGAUGAUUUUGUAAGAAAUUCUCCUAUAUCCAUUAUUUAAUUUUUUUGCAUGAAUAUUUUACAAAAAAGAAUCUGUUAAGCACAUGUUUUGACAUUAAAACAAAAAAUUCCAAACAAUUUAUUCUAAUAGCCACUUAUAAGAGUACUAUCUGUAGAGUUGCCCAUUUGUUUCUGGUACACCUUGUUAAUGUAUUUUCUUUAAAGUAAUAAUGAGUAAUAAUUCAAUUUUUAUUUAAUAGGAAUUGAUUUAUACGACAUGAUGAAUCUUGGAGAAGAAAUUUCAAAACAUGAUGAUAUUGCAAGAAAAUCAAAAAUUUUACGAACUUUUAUUAAAACUUAUCAAGAUUGUCUGACAGCUCUUGAAAAAGUAAAAUUUCUGUUUGGAAUUGUUAAUCGCUAGUUGUGCAUGAUUUGUGUAGAAUUAGUAAUGCAUUAAAAUGAUGCCAUAAUUGUUUUAAAUCAGUUUUAAGCCAAAGCCUCUAAUCAUAUUAUUAUGGAAAUUCCACUAUAAAAAAAAAAAAAAUAUAUAUCAAAGAUAAAACUUAGUUUGGACAUAGUUUGGGAAAAAUGUGCAGCAAUUAUUAAAUAAAUCAGUAAUCUCCAGCUUUUUUGACCCCACACACCAUUUAGAGAACAUUCAAUGAGUGACAGAUACCUAGAUUUGUUAUUGGCCUUUUAUGACUUUUGGGUUUUAAUUUUUACUAUGUAUGUAUUUUGUUUUUCCUAUGUGUGAAUAACUUUUCUAUCAGAAAUCUUGCUCCAAUGUGUAGAAUAUAGAACCUUUUUUGAAAGAAAUGUUAUAUAGUUUGUGCCAAUGGAAGGUCAUUUCUUGAUUUUCCAAUCAUUUUUCAUAAUACUUUGGAAAUAAAUUAAUUAUGAAAAACCAAACAAACAAUUAUUUUAAAUUUGUAUGCAUGCUAUUUUCUACCAGAAAUAUUGCUCCAAUGCUCAAAACAACAAGAGACAUAUUUCAUUCAAGUUUUAAUGUAAUUCAUGAGUUAGAAUAUUGUCAUCGAUUUUCUGUUAUUUUUUUUUUUUUUUUAAUUGAGCAAAACAAAAAAAACAGAAAGACCAGGAAAAUGUACAAUAAUAAUUAUUUUAUUAUUUUCAAUUUUGUUUUUUGUUAAAAUUGAAUUGAAAAAAUCCAUAAACUUAAAAUUUGACAAAUAUUUUUGAUUUUUCUAGACUUGGUAAAAUUUACAAAAUAUUUAAUCCAUUUUUGAGCUAUAUAUAUAAAUUUUAAUAUUGUGAGUUUUUAUAUAAUUUUUAUUUGGUAUUCUGUGGAUUAAUUAUUAAAUUAAACAAAAAUGUUCGAAAAUUUGACAAGAGGUUCAUUAUAAGUUCUAUUUAGUGGUCAAAAAUAAAAAAUUUAACAUAAUGUAGUAUUUUUUCUUAUCUAAAAAAUUAAGAUAAUUUCAAAACAUAUUUAACUGAAUUUCACUCGGAAUCAUUUUUUGUUAUCAAUGGUUUAUCAUUGUUUACAAUUAUAAAUUAAGUAGUUUUACGUAUCCCACUUUUUCCAUUAACCACCUAUAUUAGUGAUGGUACCUGUUCCCCCAGUAUCAGUUUUUUUUUUUUAUUUGCAAGAAAUUUCAUAUGAAAUUCAAUAACAAUUAUAACUUUUUUUUUUUUUUUGAUAAUAUUGACCAAUGGUGAUGUUUUUUUAAAUAUACAUUGGUUAACCCCUAUUUAACUUGAAAUGAACAAGGCAUUUAUACUACAAUGAAUUAGCAUGUGUACAUUAAUAAUAUAGUUUUUUUUAUUUAGCAACAAUGGUAUAAUUUUAAAAUAUUAUUUUUUUCAAUAAUCAAAUUGUAAUUUAAAUUUUCAGUGUGAUAAACCUGUGUUGACAUCUAUUCAUGGUGGUUGCAUUGGAGGGGGUGUUGAUUUAAUAUCUGCAGCAGAUAUAAGAUAUUGUACACAAGAUGCCUGGUUUCAAAUAAAAGAAACUGAAAUUGGUUUGUAAAAAUAAUUUUAAACAAUUAAUGUCCUACAAAUAUAUAUCAUUAUAAUAUUUCGGGAUAAUAAAGUAAUCAAAUUUUGUUUUUUUUUUUUUUUUUUUUUUUUUUAAUGUAUUAAAAGGAUCAUGUAUACAAAAAAUAUUUAUAUUUCAAUUAAUGUUUUAUAUUAAAGUAAAAAACUUAAGAAAUAACUAUUUUAUUAUUUUUGAAUUUUGAAAAAUUUGAAGAUGGCUAUUCUAUAGUUUAUUUUUUUUAAAAAUUUUGAUGUAUCAACUUUUAUUUUCAUUAAAUUUGUGAAUUUUAAUAAUUUUUUAAAGUUCAGAGAUAAAAGUUACUGUUGUAUUAACCAUAUUAAUAAUAAUCAAUUAGCGAAUGCAUUUACAGCCUGCUGCAUAGCUAUAGGUUUUUUUCUCUGAGCUUUAAAAAAAUUAUAAAUAUAAUUAAAAUAAAAAGUUGAUACAUUAAAAUUUCCAAAAUAAUAAACUAAACAAUUUUCAAAGAUAGUAAAAUAAAAAGAUAUUUUUUAGUUUUUUUACCAUUACACAAAAAUUUAAUUACUUUAUAAAUAUUUAUAUUCCUUAUCCCAUUGAGUAAUAUGAAAAGACCAGAAUUUUAUUAUCUUUAUUUAUUAUCUUAGGAAAAAUUGCAAUGGGUAUAUCUUUUUGGGACACCUGUAUCUCAAUACAUUUUUAAAUUAAUACAUUCGUAUUUUACUUUUAAUAAAAUUCUAUAGGGUGUUCCAGAAAAGAAUGGCAGACUUUAUGGGGAGUUACUCUAUAAUAUAUAGCUGUAAGAAUAUUUUUUUUAAUUAUUAUUUUAUUAAUGUCAAAACUUUGGUUUUACCCAUUUUAUUUGUAAAAUAUCUAUACAAAAUAAAAGUGAACAACAACAGAUAAUUUCUUUAAUUUGAUUAAUUUAAUUGUAUUUUUUCGGUAGGAUGAUUUAAUUGGUGCUUAAAUAAAAAAUUAUUCAAUUGAAAUCUCUGACAAAAGUACAGAUGUCAUACCAAAAAUAGGAUUUUAGAUAUGAUAACCCAAAAAAAGUGGUGAUAAAGAUAAUUUUUGAAAAAAAAUCAAGUAACUCCUUAUUUUGUAAGAAAUUCUCUUUUGCAGUUUAUUUUUAUUUUGUUAUAGAUAUUUUACAAAUAAAACCCAUAAAAGAGUUUUGACAUACAAAAAAAAAAAAAUAUAUUAAAUAACUUAUUCUUAUAGCCAUAAUUUAAGUUAGCCAUUUUUGUCUGGAAUACCUUGUAUAUACAAUCAUUGUUUGAUUAUGAUCAAUUAAGUAACUCUAUCAUAAGGUGUGUUCAAAAAGCUCUAGGAUUGUUUGAAUUACAUACCAAUAGCCUUCGAGAGCAGUAGGAUUAAUAGGGCACAUUGAGCGCAUAUGUUUAAAAUAAUUAUGUUAGUUUACAAUCAGUAAAAUUGAAAACAUCUAAUUUAAGAAGGGGGGAGUGAGAUUUUGUACCACUGCACUACUCUGUAAUUUUUUUUUGUUUUGAUGACAUUAAAAAAAUAUUUUUUGGACAUUUGGCAAUUUUGUAAUAAAUCCUAAAAAAUAAUUUUUUAUUGUGGUUGGGGGGGGGGGGGGUUUAGAGAUUUUUUUUCUUCAUUGUCGGUAGAAGAAUGGCUUAUGUCAAAAAAUUGUAGCUGAAAAACUCAGAUGUGCUGAGUAAAGUUUUUCUUGAAAAUGUUAAAGUUUGAAAACAAAACCAAGUUCUGUUUUAUCAGGAACUUUUUGGUAUGGUGAAUGAUAAUAAAACUUUUUGACAUUUUAUUAAAAAAAUAAUCAAAAUGAAAGAAAAAUUUUCUUCAACCAACUCCCCCAAUAAAGUUAUUUUGAAUUUAUUAAAAAACAAAGAAAGCUAUAGAUAAUCUAUAAAAUACAAAUGCACUCAAGAGAAGUCACAGAAGCGAGUGUUAUCAAUUUUACUGCUCUUGGACACUCCAUUAGCACACAAUUCAAAUAAUCCUGGAAAUUUUUGAACAUAACUCUUAUAUAGUUAUACAAUUUUGAGCAGAAAUAUUAGUUUCAUAAUUAUAGUAGUGGUUUUUUUCUUGAGUAAUAAAAAUGCCCUAAUAUUUCAAUCUUCAAAUGUAUUUUCAAAAGAACAGUUUUCUAAAUUUUUAAUGUAAUCUAUAAGUAAAAAUAAAUAGUGGGAAAAAUUUUAAAAAUCAUUGCAUCUCACCCCAACCCUAAUGUAGGUUAUGUAAAGGCAUCCACAUUUCACAUAGGAUUUUCAAAACUUGAAUUAGUUUACUAAGACAGUGGUUCUCAACCUUGUUAGUUACCCUAGUAGUGUAUGAAAAAAAUUGGGUUUUGGCGAAAAAAUGUUGAAUUUGUUUUAUUUAAAAUUUUAAAACUAUUCCUUUCAUAAAUUGAAAUUUAUCUAUUUAAAAAGGGAGUUUAAUAGAAAACAACUUAUUAUUUUUUGGAUAGAAACAAAUAAGAGCGACUCUCUGACAAGACAAUUGAGUUCCUAUUGCCUUUUACUAGUACGGACAUGGUUUCUUCGUGCAUCUUUAUUAAAAAUAGGUAUAGAAAUAAAUUGAAUUCAGUUCUUUAUUUAGGUUUUUGUCUUACAUCAUUUGAAUCUAAUUUUAAAAACAAUGUAAUUUGAAAUAAGGUCAAGAAUCUCACUAAAUUUGUAUAGUACAAUUUUUUAUUUAUUUAAUAAGUAAAAUAAUUCAUUUCUUUUUUGUGUGUCUUACUACAAAAUAUAAAAAUAUAUAUUAUUACAUUAUAUUAUAUUAUUAUUAUUUUUUGUUAAAACAUUUUAAGAGUAGUUAUGUGAAAAAAAUUGUAAAAGUUAUAAUAAAGGGUUAUAAUAAGUUAUAAUAAUUGUUAUAACAAUCUAGUAAAAUAUUAAAUUUAGGGGUACAGAAGAAAUAAAGGUUGGGAAUUGCUAUACUAAGAUAUAAAAAGCCAAUGGUUGUUGUAUCAUAGAUGGGUGGCUGUUAGCAUGUGAAAAGUAGUUGUGUUGUAGUCCUUAAACUGAACCUAAAACCACUAACUAUUCUGGCACUAUUCUAUAUAGUAACAUCAAAUAAUAUGAUGGAUUUAGUUGGUUUUACUACUGAAAUUGAAAUUUUUUAUUGGGAGAUUAUCAGUCGUCAAUCUGUGGUUAGGAGGUUAUUGGAUCAAAGAUAGCUGUUAUGUAGCUUGAUGGCAAUCCAUUACUUACAAUUUUAAAUUUAAAUUUACCAAAGUAUUUAAUGAUGCUGGACUCAAAAUUGUUUUACAUUUACAUAGAUAUUUAGAAUAUUUAAAUGCAUUUAAUAGGAAUGGCAGCUGAUGUUGGUACACUUCAAAGAAUGCCAAAAAUUAUUGGUAAUAUGAGUACAUUCAAUGAAUUAGCAUUUACUGCUCGUAAAUUUGACUCUUCAGAGGCCAAAGAAAUUGGUUUUGUGAGUCGAAUUUAUAAUACCAAAGAAAGGUAAUUUUCAAUCUUAUUAUUUUUAAAAACUGAGUAAACUAUCUAUAUAAUUAGGUAUUAGUGGUGGGAAAAAUCUGGAUUUUCGGAUUUUGGAAAAAAAAAUCCAAAAAUAUCAACAUUAUAUUAUGAAAUAUAAACUAUUCAUAGGUAAUUAUUGUGUAUAGUAAUACUAAUUAUAAUAGGUGUUAUUAAUUCUGUUUACUUAUUUUUUUAUAAUAAUUAUAUUUUAAUGUGUAGGUAAUUGUUUUAAGUUUAAUACAAUAUCAAUUAUAAUUAUGAACGAAUCAACACGUUACUUCUUUAAAGUACCAACUAGACAAUUUUCGGAUUUUGAAAUCUGAAAUCCAGAUUUUUUUAAUUCGGAUUUAUGUCACAUCACUGUUAUUUAUACAUUUAUAAUAAAUUACUUUCUUGUAUUUUAUAUUUAAUAUAUUGAUAAGGUUAUUGAAAUGUAUAAAAAUAAACAUAUAUAAUAAUAUUAUUUUGUAUUUCUAAAAGUUUUAAAUGAACAUGAUUUAUAUUUAGUAUGCUAGAACAUGUUAUGAACAUAGCCUCAAACAUUGCUAUUAAAAGUCCUGUAGGAGUUCAAAUGACUAAAAGAAGUAUUAUAUAUUCACGCGACCAUACAGUUCAAGAUGGAUUGAAUCAUAUUGUAAGUCAACAUUUUCAUUUUAAAUUAUAAAAUUUUGUAUGUUAUAUUAUAACAAAAUCGGUAAAAUAAUAUUUAAAAAAAUAGCUACUCAAAUGACAUUGAAAAAUAUUAAAUUAUAAUAGGUAAUUAAGGUGCUCACACACUGUCCCUGUGGUGGUGGUUAGUGGUAGAAGUGGUAAUUUAGUCAACCACUCUUGUAUUGGUAGCAGUCUGGUGUAUUCACAUUUUGAAGAAAGUAAUUUUCAAAAAAAUUAUAAGAAAAACUGAAAACUGUCAGUGGCAGCAGUAAAAAUCGUUCAUUCAGUGUGUGAGUACCUUCAGAAAGAAAAGUUUACAAAUUAAAAACAAAUGGUUUAACCACAUUUGUUUUUAUUCUUUAAUAUUUAUGUUAAGUUUAUAGGAUACACAUAAAUUUGAAUAUUUUAAUGGUAAUUGUAAAACAUGAAAACAUUAUUCGUAAUAUUAAUUUAAAAAUAAAUGGAUUAAAACUGAAUAAUAUUUCUAUAAUAAAAGGUUUUGUGUUUAAAAUACUUUUCACAGGCAUUAACAUAUUUGGUAGGGCAUUGUUAUAAUACACUUAUACAAAUAUUUGUUCAAAUAAAAAAAAAUAAUUGUAUUUCUUGUAUGCACUUAGUUUUCUUUAAAACUGAUAUUUUCCAAAAGCAUUAUUAUAACUUAGAAGAAUCUUUGAAGGUUACACAUAAAAGGCAAAACCCAAAGAAUCAGUUGAGUUUAACCAAACUUGAUGUUGGCAAUCAUUCACUUCACACAUUAUAACCCAUAUGUUAACCAAACACCAUUUUAUAAAUUUUUAGCCACGCUAUGAAAACAUAUUAUUUUCUAUUUAACAUUAACACACAAAUUUCGAGAAUUAAAAACAAAAUUAUAUUAAUAGGUUAAUAGGUUAUACCUAUCAUGGUGAAAUUUUAGUGGGAGGAGGCAGAAUAAAAAAAAGUUCUCGACAUCUCUGUUAAAUGAUUAUUAAAAUAAAUUAUUAUUAUUAUUAUUAUUAUAUUGUAUUCUAUUUACAGGGAGAUUGGAAUCAAAUCUUAUUACAAAGUGAAGAUUUUGUGAAAGCUUCCAUGGCAGUAGCAACCAAAGAUAAAACACCAACAUUUUCAAAAUUAUAAUACACCCUUGUAUAUUAUUUGUGCAUUAUUGUAUUCAAAAUUAUAUUAUUAUUAAUUAUUAUAUUAGUAUAUUAUAGAUAUUGGCGGUACCAAGACAUUUUGAUUGGUUUCAGGGACUUUUUCAGCCUUCUUAUGUUACCUUACUGAUAUUAACCCUAAUAAUAAAAUAAAUAUUCUAAAUGUAUUUAUGGUUCAAACAAUAAAUGUACCUAUAUUUUUAUUGUUUGUGUAAUAUUGGUUUAUCAAGUUUACAAAUUUUUUUUCUGUGUUUCACAAGUUACAAAUUAAUAAAGAACUUUAUUUAUGAAUUAUAAUUGUGCAAAUUAUUAUUCAUUUUUAUCCGAAAUAAAUGUGAAUCCACCUAUGUGUACUAUAUACUAUAUGUAUUAGCUUCUAACAAAUGGAAAUAAUAUGUACCCAUGACCGGGCAUGAAUGAAUUAAAAAAGUGCCAGUACAUAGGAACAUAUAUUAUAAGGAAAGACUUUUUGCAUUCUUCUAUGAUGUAUAUAGUUAUAACUGUAUAGGCAGUAGAUA